AUAUGUUCCAAAAUGUUUAAAUAUGUAAGCACAACGAUUUUCGAAUAUCAGAAUUUAAAACCUGAGGAAGACUGAGGAAGGCAGUCGAAAACAUGUCUAUUGAAAUUCUCCGAUAAAAACAAGCAAAGGGAAGAUGGAAAGAAGAUCGAAUCGGGGCGAGGAAGACGAUGCAUCGAACAGAUAAUUUAAAAGAAUAUUUAUUACAAGACUGUCAUCGUUUUACGUUAAUUAAUCAUGUAAAGUAUUUAUUAUAUAUGGAAUUAUCAAAGACAAUUAUUUAAAUCUCCAUCUUGAAAAUGUAUGAAUAUGCUAAAUGAAAAAAAUUUCAAGAAAGAAAAGAUGGUUGGACCAUGCCAUAAAAUUGAAAAUACUAAUAAAUUGAGUAAGAAAAAUGGAUGGUCAAGACCACUUCAUCCACUACAAUUUGUGGCUUGGUUUUUUCUUGUUUUAUUUUCAUUUUUAUACUUUGGGGCUAUGGUGCCAAAUUUUCCACCAGGAAUGUGGCAGCAAACUACCACAAUUAUCAAUGGCAUUAUUUUAUUAGUACAUAUAAUUGUUCAUAUCAUAAGUAUUACUGUGGAUCCUGCUGAUGUUGCAGUUAGGAAGAAAAAUUACAAAGGACCUCUUCCAACCUUUGAUCGUGAUAAACAUGCACAUGUCAUUGAAAAUCAAACUUGUCAUCUAUGCCUGGUAAAAGUGGCUCCUCGUUCUAAGCAUUGUAGUGUUUGUAAUAAGUGUGUUUCAGAUUUCGAUCAUCAUUGUAAAUGGCUAAAUAAUUGUGUAGGUGGAAGAAAUUAUAAAUUGUUUAUUGCGUGUGUAACUUCAGCUCUUGUGGGAUCAUUGUAUAUCUUUGUAUCAGCUGUUAUACUAAUAAUAGCUUUCUAUAACAAAGAAAGUUGGUUUUAUGUAAAAAAUUCAAGUGACAAUUCUCUCUUUUUGUGGACUGCUACUACCAUUUCUUCAUUAAUCAGCAGCAGUACUGGAGUUGGUUCUGAUGUCCAAUAUUCAUCUUAUGCUUUUGCUACUUUUGUUCCUUCCACUAACAUUACUAAAACAGAACCAACUUUUAUAGUAUUUGUACCAGUCAGCAGUACUUUUUUCCUCAUUGUGGUGUUUACAAUAAUAGCUUUGACUUUCCUUGCAAUUGGAUUAUUGGGACACUUAUUGAUAUUUCAUAUAUAUCUCAUGUGCAAAGGUCUUUCUACUUAUGAUUAUAUUAUACAGAAACGUGAAACUGCAACAGAAUCUGCUUCAAGUAAACUUACUCAAUGUGGACUUAAACACCAUUUGAAAGAUGAAGGAAAAUUUUAUUAUUCAUGCACACAAAUAUUUGCAAGAAAGGCAAAUCAAAUAUCUCCUGUUCGUCAGGAUGGUGUUAUAAAAAAAUCUGAAAAAGAAGAAUGGGAACUGCAGCAAAAUAUAGAUACUAAAGAUAAAAGUUUGCCUGAAUAUCUCCCAAAACCAAACAUAACUGCAAAUUUAGAUAAUGGCUAUGUAUUGGAGAAUACAGGUGAUUACUUCUUGGAACAUUGCGUGGGUGAUGUUUACAUUGGCAGUCCCCAUAGAAGGCAACAGUAUUUAGAACCCAUAUAUAAACGCACAAAAAGUAAACCACAGAUUACCAUUUCUGUAGAAGAAAAGCAAGAGAAAAAUUCAGAAAAUGAACAAGCACCUUCAAAUAAAAAUGAAACUUCUUCAGCAGGUAUUCUAAGAAGACAUAAAUGCCCAUCACCUUCUCCUUUGCUCUCACCAAUUAUAGAAGGUGAAAAAUUGACUGGUACUGGGAGACUUAGUUGGAAGUCUAGAUCUGUUUCUGAACAAUCUUUAAACGAAUUUGAUGAUGAAGAAUCUGAAUCAUCUUUUAGGACGAAUAUUCCAAUGCAUAAUAAUUUAGAAGAUAGCUGGGGAGCAAAAGAAUGUGGCAGUCUGAGUAAUCUCUUCUUUCAGUCGAAUCAAGACAUUGAAAACACGGAUCAAAUAUGUAAAGAAAUGCACGAAGAAAAUGACUUCCAAGAAAUUGUGAUUCCAUCUUUGCCUUGUCAAGAAUGUAAAGAAGAUCACGAUAACGAAGUAGACGAUAUUAAAGAACAGAAAGAUACUUUCUUAGAAGGUGAUCACUGGGCUUUUAUUCCUCACGUAGAUGGGCGACUCUUUAGAAAAAGUGAAAAUAAUAAUUACAAUGCUCCAAUCGGUGCUCACAUGUCAGAUCUUUAUCCAUAUAAUCUCACACGGUGCAAAUCCGAAGACGAACUAAUGUUAAAUCAAAGAAAUUCCAAAUUGCAAAGAAGGUUCUCGGAAAACGAACAGCAAUGGCAGUUACACGACGACUUGUCGUUUACGCAACCGAUUAACGGAUACGUUAUGAACAAAGGCAACAAUAUUGCAUCUUCCGCUUUUCUGUACAUUAAAGAAUCCGAAGGAGGAUUGGAGACGCCGGAGGUCAUUAUUUCCACGUCGAAAAAGUCUAGUCAUCCGGACGGCAUCGGUCACGCCGUCUUUCAGCAUAGAGAUUGUUGGGUGGGCGAUACAAAAUACAAACACAAUACAAAACAAGUAUUAUAAAAUAAUCGUUGGCAAAAUACUUACUACUUUACAAAACAGUUUUGAGAGAAAGGUGUUCCUAUAUUGUUGUCCUUCCACAAUGUAAUUAAAAACAGUUUCAUAUUAUAUCUAAGUACAGUUUAGCAUUCGCAUUUACAUACUUUCUAUUCAGUUUAAAGAAGUUUUUUCAAAACAUUGGUAUAUAAAUGGGUGGACAUAAAAAACAAAACAAAAAAAACAAGUCAUCUUCUUUUAGGUCAUCAAACUAACAUGCUGAUUAUUAAUACUGCUCAAAUAUCUGUUGUCUAAACAAUUUUUCAUUCCAACAGAUUUUAUUAGAAUAGAAUCUUUAUACUGUUAUAUCAAAAUGAAUUUCAAAUUUAUGCUUGAAAAGUUUGCAAGUACUUUUUCAAUCAUUUGUAUGUGUAAUAAUCCCUUUUCCCAUUUGAUGUACUAAUUGUGAAGUCAAUAAAAAUAUUGUCUAAAUGGAAAAGUAAAAAUGCAUUAAUUAUUAAGUGUCUAAUAACAACUGAUUAAUUUUUUGUUUGUCAAGUUAUAUAGUUUUUAUGAUAAAAAACUGAGAAAUGGAAUGACCUUAACAACGUUGUUUUGAAGAUCAUCAUUAGUUCAUUAGUCUCAAACCUCUGCCCUGCUAGCCAUAUUUUCAGUUCAGGAAAGAGGUGGUCUUCAUACAUUAAAAAGUUCCAAGCUGGGUGGAAGUCUUCACCUUUAAGCACCCAGCGUAAAGCCUGAUUUAGCGCUGAGAGACUCCCGCCUCUCCUGAACAGGAAAAGUGGCUAGGAGGGCAGAGGUUCGAGACUAAUGACGAUCUUCAAAACAACAUUAGGGCCCAUCUCAAGUCAUUGGUGGCAAUAUUCUAUGACAAUGGGAUGGAGAAGCUUGUCCACAGAUAUGACAAAUGC